UCUGAGCUCACGCGAGGACUGCGAUUUCAUUGCCAGCAGUGUGCGACAGAGACAGCGAAGAUGGCGUCGCAGGAGACCGAAGCUUCUCCGCAAGCCAACGGCGAGGUGAGCAGCAAUGGCGCGGCUGCAGUCGUGGAUGGCCAGGCCGUACAGACUGCUGCUGGGGACCCUGCACAGCAACCGCCGGCUCCACCAGCCAACGCAUGGUCGGUCAUAAAGGGAGUCCUCUUCAGGAUCUUUGUCAUCUGGGCCAUCAGUAGCUGGUUCCGCAGAGGGUCCUCUACACCAGACCCCAGUACCCCGGCUGGGGCACCGCAUUUACCCAGCCGAAACCUUUUCCCCAAGGAAAGCCUCAUGGACCUGUAUGUGUACAUCUCACAGGACGAGGUGUUCUCUGACUUCAACGACACACAGUCCCUGUUCUGGUUCCAUAGAGACCUGGUCUACGGAGACUGGAACACUGGAGAAGAUGGGGACGGCUGCUAUGAGCACUCAAUAGAUCUGGACAUCCCAGAGAAGGUGCAAAUGAAUGGUUCCCUCUACAUCCACGUGUAUUUCACGAAGACUGGAUUCCACCCAGACCCCAAGCGCAAGGGCCAGUAUCGUCGGCUAGCGACAGUCCAUGCCACGCGUAUGCUGAACAAGUUCAAACGCAGGAAGUUCGUGAAGACUAAGAACCUGCUGACGGGGGAGACCGAGACCGACCCGGAGAUGAUCAAGCGAGCGGAGAGCCACGGCCCAGUGGAGAUCAUCUCCCACUGGCACCCCAACCUCACCAUCAACAUGGUGGACGACCAUACAGCCUGGGUCAAGGGCUCGGUCCCCCCUCCACUGGACCAACAUGUGAAGUUUGACGCGGUGAGCGGCGACUACUAUCCUAUCGUCUACUUCAACGACUACUGGAACCUGCAGAAAGACUACUACCCCAUCAAUGAGACUCUGCAGUCGCUGCCUCUGCGCCUGUCCUACUGCCCGCUGUCCCUGUGGCGCUGGCAGCUCUACGCUGCCCAGAAUGCCCGCUCACCAUGGAACUUCCUGCCAGAGGACACCUAUGAGCAGUCUGACGAGGACCAGGACUCUGUCAAGGUGGCCCUGCUGGAAACMAACCCCUACCUCCUGGGCGUGACCAUUGUGGUCUCAAUCGUUCACAGCAUCUUCGAGUUCCUGGCAUUCAAGAAUGACAUCCAGUUCUGGAACAGCAGGCAGUCCAUGGAGGGUCUCUCUGUGCGCUCCAUCAUCUUCGGGGUGUUCCAGUCCCUGGUGGUGCUGCUCUACAUCCUGGACAAUGAGACUAACUUUGUGGUGCAGGUCAGCGUGUUCAUCGGCCUGCUCAUCGACUUCUGGAAGAUCACCAAGGUCAUGGACGUCAAGUUGGACAGAGAAAACAAAUUGUUCGGGAUCCUCCCACGCUUAUCAAUAAAAGACAAGUCAACGUACGUGCAGUCCUCCACCAAAGUCUUCGACGACAUGGCUUUCAAGUACCUUUCUUGGCUGCUGUACCCUCUGUUCGGGUGCUAUGCCGUCUACAGUGUGUUGUACCAAGAGCACAAAGGCUGGUACUCAUUCGUACUGGGCAUGCUCUAUGGCUUCUUGUUAACCUUUGGUUUCAUCACGAUGACGCCACAGCUGUUCAUCAACUAUAAGAUGAAGUCUGUGGCCCACCUCCCAUGGAGGAUGCUCACCUACAAGGCACUGAACACCUUCAUCGACGACCUGUUCGCCUUUGUCAUCAAGAUGCCCAUGAUGUACAGGAUAGGAUGUCUCAGAGACGACGUAGUAUUCUUUGUCUACCUGUACCAGCGCUGGAUCUACAGGGUGGAUCCCAACCGGAUGAACGAAUUUGGCACCAGCGGAGCGGAACCCACUGGAGUGGACCCUAACAAGGACAGCACAGYACCGGGGGAGGUCACAGCCACAGGGGAGGUCGCCGCCAUAACAGAGAAAGCAGAGGAGGAGAAGAAGAACGAUUAACAUGACCAACCUAUCCGCCUUUCUCGCCCUCGCUCCUGGGGCGAAGCGGACCUGUGGAAACCAGGCAGAGUGAAAUGUCACUUGCCAGGGAAAAGGAGUCAUUGUAUUCUGUCAUGGACACCGCUACAUAUUUCUGUUUAACUCUCUUCUUUGUGUGGGGGAUCUGCAGCAAAUCGUAAUUAAUGUAGACUCACUUUUUAUUUUUUAUUUUUUUGCAGUUCAAGUGAAGUGAAACGUGAUGUACUGUAAUCUUUAUCUUUUUCAAUGGGUAACAGUAAUGUUUUGGAAGCAAGGUUGUGAAUGUGGGAGGCCCAGUUGAGGGUGGAAGGUCGCAGUACAUAUCUCCGUAUUUUCAGAUCUGCGACAUUUUUGGAUUUCUUGUGAUUAUUUUUUUAUUUAAAUUUUUCAUUCCAUGUGUGAACGCAGUGUGUCAUGGUGGGGUAACUGGAAAUGGGUGAGUAGUGCUGGAGGAAACUGGAAGUGUCCAGAGCCAAGGGCGACGUGAAGGGAACCAAGAUGGACGACCUGUCCAACACUACCCACGAAAGACAGACUACCCUCCAUUUUUAAACAAAUGGUCGAUGUUCCAAACUUGAACAAAAAAAACUGCCUUGUAGGUAUUAAUAUAAAUAUWAAUAUUAUUAAUGACUUGAUUUCUGUUUUCAGUCAUUAGAAUUUAUUUAGUAUGUUCUGAAACUACAGAAUCUCAGCUUGUAAUGUUAAUACUCAUGUCAAAAUGUCUAGCAAUAGCUGAUUUACAAGUG